UCAUCACUAAGAGUAUCCUUAAUCUGGUUACAAAUUUCAUAACAUCUUCUGGUAUUUUCAUAUUGUCUGCAAUUAAUGGUCAACAUGAUACAAGUACCCAAAAAAGGAGGUACCCUGCCACGAUGAUCGGAUGGUUGGUUGAGCUUACAAUGACCUAAAUCUCCUAAUAGAAGAGAUCCAACAUUUUGGCUUUCACUUACCUAAGUUUGACAUCAGAGAUCGUGUGCCAUUCUUCGUAUGAGAAUUUUGUGUUUUUAUGACGUUUCUCCAUUGAAAUUUACAGUUUUCCUAGAUGAUGUGUCUUUUCAUUUUCUGAUAUCCCUCAGUGCUCAGGAACCCAUAUAAAAAGAAUUUGAAUCACGAUUGCCAAAUAAAAGUAAAAAUUGUUUGCAAGCGCUAGUAACACUGACAACAGUAGAGAUGAUAAUCAUGUUGUUUAGGGGGAAUAAAAAAUUUAAGCACUUUGUUGUUGCUACAAGCAGUAAGGCAAUAAUUUCAAUUAUUUCACACGAAAGCUGCGCCAUAACCUAUAUCAUUUCGGACCCAUUUGUAAAAGUCACUUUUGGGUUUCAAAAGGAAUCUGUAAUUCUUUAAAAUUGUUUGCAAGUGCCAGUAACACUGAUAAUGAAACAAUGGAGGUGAUACGCGUGUUGUUUAGGUGGAUUAAAAAAUUUAUGCUGUUCGUUAUUGCUAUGAGCUCAGUAGUAAAGCAAUGAUUUCAAUUUUUCACAUGAAAGCUGCACCUGAACCUACAUAAUUUUUAGACCCAUUUGUAAAAGUCACUUUUGAGUUUGGAAGGGCAUACAUAAUUCUGUAAAACUUGUUUGCGAAUAUGUGGAGGAGUAUUCUGUCUUAGACGCAUGAGGUUUUCUUGAUUUUUAAUUUCCCAAUAUCAAAUCCAUUACAAAUUGCUUCUGCAAAUUUUUUGUGAAAAUGUAUAAAACUACAAUGAAAAAUUGAUUCAGCCAUAGGAUGAUUGUUGGAUGCACAACAAAAUGCUGCAAUGCUUGUAUCAAAGCAGAACAAGGUAAAAAAUAUUUGGUAAGAUCGGAACCUGUAACUUAUAGAGAUGAAGUUGAUGAAAUAGAUUACACUCUCAUAACGAGCAAAUUUCGUUCUCUUUCCGACUUCCAAAAAUUACAUGCGAUGCAGAACGUGAGGGAAGUUGUAGACAGAAAGAGCGGCGGUUUCCCGCUCAUCUCAGCUCUAUUCAAUUCUGGUUUCUUUCCGAUCCAGUCUGGUAACCCUUUGAGCCAGCUGCUGGCCAACGACUGGCGUGUUCGCCCCAACACGAUUCGCCGUCCCGUCCCAUCGGCAUGCCCGGCACGAGUGGAGGACUGGAGGAAGUUUUGUAAACCUUUCCUGAAGAUCGACCUCGGUGUGUUCCCCGUACCCGAUUUUAGAUUCUCUAGGGAUGUAUCACAUCUCCCGGAGCACUACAGGGUAGAACGCGAGCCGAUAAACCCACCGAGGCUCUACUGUCCUGCGCCGAUCAAUGUGGUCAUCGGCAAUUUGAGUAUACUCAACCACACUUCGAAUGUACAGAAUUUUUUUACGAGUACAACUGGAAUUUACUCUUCACAGCAGGCUCAACCACAGACGUAUACAUAUUGUUUUGACCAACAUUUAGCACUUAAAGCUAACAACUACUUCUGAAAUCUUGAAUUUUUUCCCCUUCAUUGUUACUGAAACCGAUUUUGUUCAUAUUUUUUGAAAUUUUUGUGAAGAAAGAAUCACUACAAACUAUUUAAAAGAAAUGAAAGUGUUAACAUGUCAUGUAGUUCUUUGAAAUGAUUAUUCUUUAUUAACUUUUUGAAUUUAACAUUUUCUUAAUUUUUUUUAGUGCAUAAAACAAAAC